AUGCCCGCCAGCACAGACAAUGCUUCAGCGCGCAUGUUACUUAAGGACUUGUUCAAAACAUCGACUUCGGCGGCCGAGUCAUUCCUUGGACAACUGACACCUGAGCAGAUUCAUCUUAUCGAGGAUACCAUCAAUCGUAUCAAACGACGUAAAGUUGACAAGCAAGAUGACGUGACAACAGCAGCUCUUCCAACACCAGCACCAUCACCUGGUCCAUCGAGUCCUUCCAAUAGUGAUAUCAGUGAUCAGGGUGCCAUGGCAACGUCAACAACAACAACAGCAGCAGCAGCACCAUCCAAUGCGGCAACAGCAAUUGCCAGUGCACUUGCUUCGGCCAUGGCUUGUGCAGCACUUGCAAACAACAACAGCAACAAUGCAAAUGGUAACGGCAAGGCUGAAGGAGAAAAAAUGCCAACUAUUGCACCCUCCACCAACGACAGCAACAACAACAACAACCAUCAUGGACAGCAUGAUUUGGUAGCUGAGAUGCGAGAUGGCGUUGAAUGGGUAUCCUUUGUGUAUUCGCAUAAUCGCACAUUACGCCGAUACAACAUUCGUACGGAUAUUCAAACAGUAUCGCUGGAUGCCAUUGAUAUCAAGUUCAAGGAGGAGAAUUGUGUCUACCCAAGGGCCAAUCUCCCCAGAGAACAGUAUCAGGGCAACAGGUGGAAUUAUGAGACCGAAUGUAAUGUGCUUGGAUGGAAAUUAGCGUGGUUGAACUCAAACGAGAUUUCGGGAAAGCGUGGACUGAUUCAACGAGCGGUCGAUUCGUACAGGAACCGUUACCCCAGUAUGCGCUCAAGACGUGUUGCACGUCAAGAAAAGCUCAUGAAUGGCACUCUCAGAAAACGAAAGCAUCGUGAGGACAAUGAUCAUCAUCCAACAACAGCAACAACAACAACAACACCACUUGCAGCAGCAGCUGUUGUUUCUGCAACACAACCUUCCACCACCACCACCACAUCUUCGACUUUAUCAGCUGCUAUUGUCAAACCAGCCAAUCAGCCAAAGACUAUUGUGCUUGAUGAGAAUGGUACUCGCAUCCGUAUCAAGGUCAAUGUGGAAAGCGUGAAUAUGGAUGAGAUUCCUGCUGAAUUCCGGAAGAGCAAUUGUGUAUUCCCAAGAGCUAUCAACAUGUACGCUGGAGCACGAUGGCUCGAGGAGUCAUUGUGUAACGAGUUGGGUUGGAGACUGGCAUGGUUGAAUCAACGUCAGCUGGCUGGAAAAAAGAGUCUCUUGCAACGUGCUCUUGACGUUUUCAGAAAACGAUUUAUGCCAUCAUUACAACCUCGUAAACAAUCAGCUCGUGUCACGCCUCCCAUGUCACUUUCCAUCGAUACCAAUCCUUCCUCAUCCAACAACUCCAAACCUAUGCCUCUCACAGCAGCAGCACUCUCAGCUCAAAAUGCUUGGUAUGAACAACAAGAACAACAACAAACAACCACCGAAUCGGUUGUCAAGGGAUCUCCUGCACCAUCCUGUGCUAGUGGCACCACCAUCACUCUCGACUUUGGCGAUUGCUUCUCUUUGGCCGAUGAUGAUGAUGAGGAUGAUAAUGGACAACAACAAGGAGGUGAAAACGAAUGUUGUGAUAAGCAACUAUGCUCAUGCGGUGAUGAGCUAUCGACGAUUAUGAGCAGCUCAACAGCAUGUACACCAAGCCCUACAUCCAACAUUUUUGGUUUCCCGCCCGAAGUCGAUUUAUAUGACUCAUUUACUCUCCCUCCCGCCACUGAUAUGUCCCACUUUAUGGAUAUCGACUCAAAACCACCUACAUCCAAUUCAUCCAACAUCGCAUCAAACACCACCCUUACUACAAGUCUCAAACUACCCGACACCAUCCUUGCAUCACCAUCCUUGCCAUCAAGUGCCGUGGAUCAACAAGACCUUGUUGUCAAAAUGGAGCAGGAUGAUAUGAUAUUGUUGCCAUCUUUAUCUACCGACGAGUGUCAAGUUGAUGCUGAACGCUUCUUUUUCGACCUCUUUUAA